AUGGAGAGCCAAGAUCUGCGACGGGCCUGCUCAGAAAUCGCAAGCAAGCUGGAGAAACUCGUCAUCAUCGGCUUCGGCAGCAGCAAUCCGCGCCCGGACGUCGUGGCCUCGAGCGCCGCCACGGCCGCAGCCAAGGCUGUGGUCGCCGGCUCCGACCAGCAGCUGUGCGGGCUGUGCGCGGAGGCGGUGAAGGAGCGGGUGCGGCGGCAGGAGCAGGACCCGGUGGGCGGCGGCGGCGGCGGCGUGGCAGCGGCGCUGGGCGCCCACGAGGCCGAGUGCAGGGACUUCAACGCCACGACGAGGCUCAACCCGACGCUGUCCGUGGCGGGCUCCAUGCGCCGCAUCGCGCGCCGGAGCCUGGACCGGAGGACGGCGUCGUGCCAGGAGCGGAGGCGCAGCCUCAACGCGUCGGCGGCCCGGGCCGCGGCGCUCACCAGGUCGGCCAGCUGCGACCAGUAG